UCAUCUUCUGCUUAUCAUCGAAACUAGAGAAGCCACGAGGUGCAGGGGUCUAGGGGAGCUACAACGAUUAAAGGAGACUGACCAGGUGGCAAGCAGCAACAUGAUUUCCACCGAGAACAUCAAGACUGAGUUCAGUAUGGAGGAGGAGGGAGAGGAGGAGGAGGAAAGGGAGGAGGGACAGCUUUCACCUGCCCACCGUAGAUUAGGACCUGUCCAAGAUACUCCUGAAGAUUUAUCAGUCAAGAAAAAAUCAUCUUUUAUUUCUCAUCCCUCCUCAUCUCAUCCCAGCUCACCACCCUCCUCAUCCCACCCAUCCUCUCAUCCAUCAUCCCAACCCACAGAGGACAGUAGGAGCUCAAGUAGUCCAGGUUCCCAAGGAAGCGGGGGCGAAGUAUCCCGCCCUAAACGAAUUAAACCUAUCCCACCUCCGUUAGAUCUCAACGCUAGGACUUUGUCCCCCUCCGACACUCUCCCUCAGCCAAUCCCACGCUCUCCUGCAGAUCUGCCAAGAGAAUGCCUCCCAAUCAGAAAACGAGCGUUUCUAAGUGUUAAAGAAGAAAACACAAGAUCGAGUCUUCUCUACCCUCAUCCCUCAUCCGCCUCCUCCCUUAUCCCCUCAUCCCUCUCUCUCACUCCCUCAUCCGGAUCCAGUUGUGUUAAUUUCACCCAUUUCCCCGUCCCUCCCCUGAUCCCUGUCCCGGGAAUAUGUUCCCCCUAUCACCAGAAAUCCCCCUUUCUAAACUCAACCAAUGGAUUCCCCACCCCUCCUACAGAUCUUCAUUCCCCAGGAUACCCUUGGCAUUCCCCCACCCUUACAGCCAUGGGACUUCUUCCCGGAUUUUCUCCCCUCCCCCACUCCCCGCUUCCCUUCCCGACCUCCUCCCUGCUGUCCCCCUCCCCCUCCUACCACUCCUCCUCUAACUCCUCUAGGGAGGAGCUACCCACCUCACACCACCUCUCCCUCUCUGUAUCAGACUCUAAGCCUACCCUCUCAGCCCCCACGCCUAGAUACGCCCACUUAAACAUGUCAGAUCGGGGGCACAGUCCCGCCCCCUCCUCCCCCCUUCUCUCACCUAUGGCCAGGUCUCAUAGUUGGCCUAUUCCUGUUUGGCAGUGCUUUCUACAGGGUGUACAGGUUCGGUUUCUGCUGCCUUCAACCGACACCCCUUGGCAGAGAUCUGAGGAGUUAGGGUGGAAGGAUAGAUUAGCUCUCAAGGUGGAUUCUCGGAACCCGUAUCAAUAUGCUCCAAAUGGGCUCACUUUACUGAAGAUGGAGUUGGCUCCGUCAGACACGAGUAUAGCUGUUGACGCCAAACCGGUUUUGCGGCUACGGAUGUCACCAAACAACGUCCCAGAUGUUUCAAAGGUUGAAAUGCUGGCAGAGUGCCCCCUUGAGCAUCCUUUCUUUGUCAAAGAUAAAGGUUGGUGUUCAGCGCAUCCCCGAGCUACCCUUGACAAAUAUGGAAUUCCAUGCCAAGACCUGAACUCUGGGGACGUAUGUUUGCCCCCGAAUCAUCCUGAGGCGGUGAAAACCCCUGACCUGUGUGAUCGAUUUAAACGCUUUGAAUUCUCCAGUCAAGAUCUAGCGGAUCAGUUUUCUCCCGGAGGUCCCCGGGGCACAAAUCAUCUCCGGCACGGUAUUGCCUCCCUCCUCCCCUCCGCCAGGGGAGGGAUGAUGUCUCCUCCGAUGUCUCCGAUGAAGAAGAAAGUUCACGACCCCGACAAACCUAAGCGGCCGAUGAACGGGUUUAUGCUGUUCGCCAAAAAAUUCCGCUUAGAACUAAUUCAGCAACACCCGGGGAAGGAUAACAGGGCUAUUAGCGUACUGCUUGGUGAGGCCUGGAAAGGAUUGGCUUUAGAAGAAAGAGAACUUUACUCACAAAGAGCUAAGGUUCUUGCUGACGAGCAAAAGAAGAUCCAUCCUGACUGUUGGAAGCGUAAACGAUCUCUGAACAACUCUCAGCCCAGCGCUGCCGGUCAACAUUCAAACAACCACAGUCCCAACCAUCCUCUACCACACUCCCCACACGGGCAUAAUGUACCCCAAUCCCCUGGAGGACUUAGCCACACAGUGCCACAUUCUCCAAAUCUCCUGGGACAUAGUAUACAUGGUACACCAACCUCCCUUCAUCAUCAUAUAUCUUUCCCCUACCCCCACCAUACCUUCUCUCCCCUUACCCUUGGGCAGCCCGUUUCCCUACACCCCAGCUAGGACAGCGUGUACCUCAGGCAUCUUAUUUUUCAACAGAUGACUCAGCAAUGAAAUCAGCUGUUGAUGAUGAAACAUCUGACUAAUCAGCUGAUUUCCGAAGCUGAAGUAGUAAAGACGUGAAGAUCAGCUCUAAUGAUUUAAUUCUAGCGAAGUAAAAUUAUAUUGAGUUUUUCUCGGGGUACACAAAUACAAACAAAUGUUGAUCUGUACAGCGUGCAGUGUACAGACCUAUUUGCAUUAGUAAAAUUGGUUGUGCUUACGCCGAUUAAUAAAAGCGGUACAAAGGGGCACGUAAACUGACUUUAAUGUACAUUGUUGUAGAUCAAAUUAUACAUUGUACUAAAUACUCGUUGUAUUAGUUGAACAACUGUUGUGAUAAAAUUUGGAGUGGGUCAUCCUAUACAAAAGCCACCCUUGUAGCCGGGGCACUCUAUACCUAGGCCGCCCCCGUAGUGGGGUCAUCCUACCCUUUCAGUUCAUUAGUUCAUUUUCAGAAAUAAAAGGAAAUAUUAGUUCAUUUUCAGAAAUAAAAGGAAAUAUUAACGAUUUUAAAAAGGAUGAAAUAGUUAAUAAUUCGGGUUUAUAAACUUUGGAAUACCAUUUUCAUUUAAUUCAAAUCAAUUUCCGCCAAAAAUCCAUCAAUUCGAAAAUUCAUCUUUUUAUCCCUUUUGCCUGUUCUUAAAAAUAGCGAACACUUCCUGCUUUCUCUGCAUUUUUAAGAUAAUUUUUAUACAUAAAAGGAGGAGGAGGUUUUAUUAUUACUUUGCUUUCAGAAUCCCAAAAAAACAAUUUGAAUAUUUUAUAUAAUUUUAGAUGCUUAGGAACAUUCCACUAUAUUGGUACUGCAAUAAACCAUUUUUAGAGGGGCAUGGCACUUCCCGCCCCCUCCCUAUUCUCUUGGAGCCCCUCUGACACUUGUUAAUGUUGUCUUCCAUGUUGUUUACAGAUGUUCUAUUGUACACAGUAACCUCUGUUCAAUAAUUCUAUCAUUGUGAUAAAUCAAAAUUAAUUAGGAUUAUAAAAAAAUGGCUAUUUUGUGCUUAUUAUGUUUUUGCUCUAGUAUCAACCUUUGAAUAACAUUUAUCGGCUUAAAAAACUAAAACUUGACGCUCAAAUUUAUCUUGCCAUUUUUGGUCAAAUUAUUAAAAAUUAGCUCAAUUUCUCAUUCGCCUCUCUUCAUCUUUGCAUAAAAUAUGUUUUUUAAAAUCGCGUUUAAUCGUUCUUCUGUGAUAUCUGAAGUUCUUAAUCAAGGUUUCUAAUCGCUUAGAUUCAUUUGCUUUCCUCAAGCAUAAAUCUGCAAUAUUUGGGCUAGAAUAGGUCAUGUAAAAAGGAUUUAAAAUCAAAUAUUGGAAGACAUUUAUAAGGUUAAAUCUUUUGAAUUUUGUGAAUUCUCUUAACAUGUUUUAUGAUAUUAUUAAAUUUUUGAUCUCAUCCGACCUAUUCUGUGUAAUAAUGGGUUUGACCAUCAAACGUCCAAUUAUGUAACUUUGUGUACAACUAUUGUACAACCAGUAACCUGGGGACAGUGUGAACUGUACAAUGGUUUAUGCUGUACAAGGCUGUAUACAUGAAUAUGAUAUGUAAAUGUGUAAAAACUGCAUAUUCUAUAUGAUGUUAAUAUUUAAUUCAAUGUUAUAUAUAUAUCAGAUAUUCCUUUUUCCUAUAUAACAUUGGUUUGAAUUACAUGUUGCCUGUUUACUAUUUGCUAUUCAAAAAAUCAAAAUAUGUUAGUGUUCAAUAUAUUUACUAAAUUUA